CGUGCAUCCAUCCAUACCCAAGAAUACCACCUACUAUAUCAUCAUCAUGUCCACCGAAGCCACAAUCCGACUCGCAACCCCCGAGGAUGUCCCUCUGAUUCUCCAAUUCAUCCGCGAACUAGCCGACUACGAAAGAGCCCUCCACGAAGUCGAAGCUACCGAAGAAUCCCUCCUCGCAACACUCUCCUUCCCCAACGCCCCGCCUAAGCGAGGCUCCGUCUAUACCGCGCUAAUCACCCCCCCGGCAACAGAGGAAAGCCCCUCCCCGAUCCCCGUGGGCAUGGCGCUGUUCUUUUACAACUACUCGACCUGGCGCGCGGCUCCGGGGAUUUACCUGGAGGACUUGUAUGUGCAGCCUUCGGCCAGGGGCAAGGGCUACGGGUUUAAGCUGCUGAAGUAUCUUGCGGGCAAGGUGUUGGAGAUCCAGGGCAGACGGUUGGAGUGGAGUGUGUUGACGUGGAAUGAGCCGAGUAUUAAGUUUUAUAAGCAAAUUGGGGCGAGGCCGAUGGAGGAGUGGAUGAAGAUGAUGGUGGAGGGCGAGGCGUUGGGGAGGUUGGCAAAGGAAUUGUAAUGUAGAUACGUAUCUUUCUACCUGGUAUUAGGUAGUUGUUCUCGUGUUUUUAUGGGUGUUAUACAUAGUGAUUGAUGUAGAAUAAUUGGGCAGAGUUGUAGGUGGAAAUGAAUA